GCCGUGCGCCCUGCGUUCAGCGGACUCGGUCGGAGCAGGGCAGCCACACACCGUGCAGCACCAUGACUUCAGCCAACACCUACGAUGUCAUAGUGGUCGGAGGGGGCAUAUCAGGUUUGAGUGCAGCAAAGCUGUUGAAAUCCAGCGGGCUGAAUCCCGUAGUGCUGGAGGCCAGGGAUCGAGUCGGCGGUCGCACCUUCACUGUGCGGAACAAGGAGACAAAGUGGGUUGAUAUAGGCGGGGCAUAUGUCGGACCAACUCAGAAUCGCAUCUUGCGUUUGGCGAAGGAGUACGGCAUCCAGACCUACAAAGUCAACGAGGAAGAGAGCCUGCUGCAUUACGUCAAUGGGAAGUCACACACAUUCAAAGGCUCCUUUCCUCCCAUCUGGAACCCCUUCGUCUUGUUGGACUACAACAACCUUUUCAGGACGAUCGAUGAGAUGGGCAUGGAGAUUCCCAAAGAGGCGCCGUGGAGAGCUCCCCAUGCUGAGGAGUGGGACAGGAUGAGCAUGCAGCAGUUCUUGGAAAGAACCUGCUGGACCAGCACCGUUCGCCGCUUCGCCACGCUGUUCGUCAACGUGAACGUGACAUCGGAGCCCCAUGAGGUGUCGGCUCUGUGGUUCCUCUGGUACGUGAAACAAUGUGGAGGAAUCAUGAGGAUCUUUUCAACCACUAAUGGGGGACAGGAGAGGAAGUUUGCAGGCGGCGCGGGUCAGAUCAGCGAGAGCAUGGCCAACGAGCUGGGAGAGCGAGUGAAGAUGGAGUCGCCGGUCUACAGGAUCGACCAGACCGGAGACCUGGUGGUGGUGGAGACGGUGAACAAAGAGACCUACAAGGCCAGGUACGUGGUCGUGGCCGUUCCUCCUACACUGAACCUGAAGAUGCACUUCAGCCCCGAGCUGCCUCCGCUCAGGAACCAGCUGAUCAACCGCGUCCCCAUGGGCUCCGUCAUCAAGUGCAUGGUCUACUACAAGGAGAACUUCUGGAGGAAAAAAGGUUACUGUGGCAGCAUGGUGAUUGAGGAGGAGGGUUCUCCUAUCGGCCUGACGCUGGAUGAUACAAAGCCUGAUGGGACCAUGCCUUGCAUUAUGGGAUUCAUCCUCGCCAGCAAGUGCAGACAGCUGUCAAGCCUGACUCGAGAAGAGAGGUUGAGGAGGAUCUGUGAGAUUUACUCCCGAGUCCUGGGCACAGAGGAGGCUCUGCAUCCGGUGCACUACGAGGAGAAGAACUGGGCCGAGGAGCAGUACUCUGGCGGCUGCUACACGGCCUAUUUCCCCCCAGGGAUCCUUACCCAGUUCGGCAGGGUGCUGCGGGAGCCGGUUGGCAGGUUGUACUUUGCAGGCACAGAGACGGCCACGGAGUGGAGCGGCUACAUGGAGGGGGCCGUGCAGGCCGGAGAGAGAGCAGCCAGAGAGAUCUUGUGCACGAUGGGUAAAAUCCAGCCGAGUCAGAUCAUCGAGGUAGAGCCUGAGAGCAAGGAAGUCCCGGCGCUGCCGUUUGUCACCACCUUCUGGGAGAGGAAUUUGCCGUCGGUGGGCGGUUUGUUGAAGCUCAUGGGAGUCUCCACCUUCCUCUCCGCUGCCACCGCCGCCGCCGCCUUUGUGGCGUACAAGAAAGGCCUGCUCCCCCGGAGUUAAACCCGCCAACACGUCGUCUCACUCUUCUGCCUCCCGCCGGCGGAACCGCUCAAAGGAAACUCUCACGCACUUCUCGUCGUACGCCACUUUAGAGCCCGAGCUACAAAGUGGCAGAAACAAAGAAAGAAAAAACGAUUUAUAUCUAUAUAUAUAUGUAUGUAUAUAUAUAUAUAAACACGCACUGUAACUGUGUGCAAAACGAAGAGUGAGACAAAGGUUGAUGGGACUGAUAAAGAAUUAGGAGUCUGAGACUUUUUAAUCGACAGUUGAUCUGAGAACCACAUUAAAACCAAUGAAGGAAAAAAAUGAAAACCUAAAGAGGAAAAAAUAUCAACCAUGAAUAUAAAUCCAUCACUACUCCAUCCAUUGCCAAUGACGUUCACAUUCUUGCUUGUGUGUGAAUGUUUGUGCGUCUGCAAACAUGCACACGUGCUUUGAUGAGCAUGCAUUUGUGUGUGUGUGUGUGUGUGUGUGUGUGUGUGUGUGUGUGUGUGUGUGUGUGUGUGUGUGUGUGUGUGUGUGUGUGUGUGUGUGUGUGUGUGUGUGUGUGUGUGUGUGUGUGUGUGUGUGUGUGUGUGUGUGUGUGUGUAUGUGUGUGUGAGUGUGUGUGUUUUUCCACUGUGUCUAAUUACCUCUGCUGAUUUUUUUUUUUUAGACACUGAUUAAUUCUGGCGAAGCAGUCGUAGGCGUUUGUUGAAAUGCAGCAGCAUCGCCGGCGUCUGGGGCCGCGCCGCCGGCCGCUAGAGGAGCCCGGGCUCGUUUGUCAUUCUCCGACCCGCUGUCAACAAACGCCAAAACAAACUAAAAGGAAUGAAUGAAUCGCGCUUUUAAUCAAGCUUUACGUGGCUCGUCUGUUUUAGGCCCGUCGGCGCUCAGACGUCAGCGAGUUGAACCUUUUGCGAUAGUCGCUCUGCUGCUACGAAAUCUCAGCAGGACGGCUCCACGAGCCUGAAGUGACGUGACCACGACACCACGAGCAGUGACGCGUUGCACUUCUGAGGAGAAACCUCCGCCCUUUGAUCGGUGCGUCGACGAGGGAGCGUGAAGAGAAAAUAAAUAAAAAGGAAAGGGGUUAAGGCCUUUAAAUGUUGGAGGUUCUCGUUCACUGACCUUUAGCCAAAAAGGGAGAUUUUAUUGGACGUGAUUCUGUUGUCACAUGUGCAGCAUGCGAGCUGCUGGUGAUGCUGGUAGUUGCAUUUGUGUGAUUUGCAGCGCAGCUCUGACUUUUUUAACUAAUUAUCUACAGACAUCGGCAUCAACACAUCAGGUUAUCAACGUCAGUCAGACGAGACUCCACGUCCCUCCCUGCUGCACGACGGUGCAUGCAGCUGAUUUUUAAAGCUGUUUUUCCCCAUUUUUCAUGGGUUUUGUUCAUGAUAAAACGUUCCAGCGGCCUAAAUACUGAAGGAUAAGAACGAAUAUCAUAAUACCAUCCUCCUCCUUCAAAUAAAAGCUGUGUUUGGUGGUGAAGUUUGUACUGUUGCUCUGUAUUACUGUCUUUUAGUUGCCUAAAUGUCACGAAAGCAAUCGAAUGUAUUAUAUCCGAGCUCGGCACAUCACUUGUCUUAUUAGGAUAAUCAACGUGCAUAUUUUUGACCAUCCGUCGGCCACGGUUUAGUUCUCCUCGACUUUUUGUAUCAAAGUAAAACUACAUGAUGUUUGGAAAGAGACGUUUUGUUAUUUAUUGGAAGCGUUUCAGUGAAAUGAUGCAGUCUGACUCCAGCUCUGACCGGAGUGAGGAUCUUAUUUAUCUGAGUGAGAGCCGGCUGCUCGUUUACGACUCGUUAUUCCAACACGUGCGAGCGGAGCAGCAGAUGAGUCUCAGCUGGAAGUGGCAGCGGUGGAGCGUCUGCGGUCAGAGUGCGAGCCGUUCAUAAUGAACCCGUCCUUCAGGGCAGGUGUGAUGUCUGACGGUGUCUGGUGCCGGAGAGCGUGUGCAGCUCUGAACGUCCACCGCGGGGGCCGCUGUUUCUGAGUGUCGUGUAUCUGUCGUGCCUUAAUGGAAGUGGUGGUGUUUUGUCAUUUUGCUCAAGUGCCUGUGUGACUCCGACACGCUCCGUCUCUCCUCUCCUCCCUCCCUGGCACGGGCCAGAUAAAGCAGUGGACCGGUGUGCAGGAACGCCUAAAACCCGCCCUCUCAGUUCCCUGUAACUGUUGUUCCCCCGACGUGAACCCGACUCAGGUAAACCCAGGUGUAGAAACUCGGCAUCAGCUGUGAACAAUAGAGCUCCGACUGUUGAUCAAACUGCUCGUCUCCAGCGACAACAAGCCCGCGUGCGCUUCGUGUUGUGAAUGCAGUUACUUCACUGUGUCUCCCCUCAUCUCGUCGCCCUGCGGCUGCUUGACCUUUGACCCGCCGUCAUCCCGGUGUCUGCACCGGUUUGGUACAACUGCGGUCAGGACAAUGACUGACCUCCCUCACAUUUCUAAACUCCUGUUUUUACGGUUGGCUGAUGAAAGUGAACAAACGCGCUCCCUCCAUCAGCAGACACGACCACCCACACCCGUCUAGAUUCUCCUGGACGCCGUUUCCCGUCCGUCUGUGCACAUGAGCCUCCUUAACUGUUCCUGUGACCUGUUCUUUGAUGUGUAUGAUUCUCCUAACUAAAGUUGGUGAUAUUUAAGAGAAUAAAAUGUGAAAUAAAACUUUUAA